GGCUGUUUUGCUUUCUGUUGCAAGCAGCCGUUCCGUUCUGACGAUUAACUUUUGUGUCUGUCAAGUACCGACUCAAAAAUGCCGAGUCAAGAACCUGUAACUUCCAAAGUGGUGGUUCACCCACUAGUUUUGUUAAGUGUAGUCGACCAUUUCAAUCGCAUGGGCAAAAUCGGAAACCAGAAACGAGUAGUUGGAGUUUUACUUGGGUGCUGGCGGGCGAAAGGAGUCCUGGAUGUGUCCAACAGUUUUGCAGUGCCUUUCGAUGAAGACGACAAGGACAAGUCAGUCUGGUUCCUUGACCACGACUACCUUGAAAACAUGUAUGGAAUGUUCAAAAAAGUAAAUGCCCGAGAAAAAGUUGUAGGCUGGUAUCACACUGGUCCGAAACUGCACCAAAAUGAUGUCGCAAUCAAUGAACUGGUUAGGAGAUACUGUCCCAAUUCAGUGCUGGUCAUUAUUGAUGCUGCUCCUAAGGACCUUGGUUUACCUACUGAGGCUUACAGGGCAGUGGAAGAGGUUCAUGAUGAUGGUUCUCCAACUACAAAGACCUUCGAACACGUCCCCAGUGAAAUUGGGGCAGAGGAAGCUGAAGAGGUUGGGGUGGAGCACCUCCUGCGUGACAUAAAGGAUACAACAGUUGGAACACUGUCACAGAGGAUCACAAACCAACUUUUGGGUUUAAAGGGAUUGCAUUUGCAAAUCCAAGAGAUUAGGAAUUACCUUGUUCAGGUUGGUGAAGGAAAGCUUCCCAUCAAUCAUCAAAUUGUCUACCAACUGCAGGAUAUCUUCAAUUUACUCCCAGAUGUAUCACGAGACACAUUUGUUGAUUCUCUUUACACCAAAACAAAUGACCAGAUGCUUGUUGUAUAUCUGGCUUCACUUGUUCGAUCCAUUGUCGCUCUUCACAAUCUCAUCAACAACAAAUUGACAAACAGAGAAUCUGAAAAGAAAGAAGGCACGGCCAAGAAAGAAGAUACCAAGGACAAGAAAGAAAAGGAAGGAAAGGAGAAAGAAGAUGAAAAAGAAAAGGAGAAAGACAAGGACAAAGUAACUCCCACAUCAAAAGACGAUAAAAAGAAAUAAAUAAUUUGCCGUUUUGAUCUUUGUAACUUUAAUUUUAAGAAAUAUAAUAAUUUAUACAUA